ACACAUUUUGUACAUAGAUAUUUAUUUUAUAUUUUUUUACCAACUACUCUAAUUCUUCCUAUGUUUUAACGUGGAUGUAUGGAGGAAAUUUACCAACCAGGUUGCUUUGGAUCUACGACAUUAUAAACAGAGAAGGUUUAUUAAGGAUUCCGAGCUAUUGAUUGAUCGCCCCAGCUUUAAGGUCAGUCUAGAGACCUCAGCAUCAGUCGUACCUGACAAGAUGCACGUCGAAAUUUCUGUAGCACUCAACUUUGUCAUAUCUUAUCUAUACAGCAAGUUGCCACGGCGACGAGUGGACUUGUUGGCAGAGGAAUUGGAGAAAGGUUUGAAGGGUAAAUUUGAAGGACAUUGGUACCCUGAAAAACCUAUCAAAGGGACAGGUUAUCGUUGUGUUAGAGUAAACGGAGAGAAGGUUGACCCCGUUAUUAUCAAAGCCAUCUAUGAAUGUGGCCUUGACCUUACCGAAGUACAGUCCUAUCUUCCUGCUGAGCUGAUCCUGUGGAUUGAUCCAUGCGAGGUGUCUUACAAGAUCGGGGAGAAAGGCCCCGUCAAAAUCCUUUACAGCGAGCGACGGGAUGAGGACAGCACUGAGAAGGCGGAUCGCGAGGUUCAGGCGGCGGCUGGCAGGAGCUUCAAUCCCGACGCGCAAUGCUUCAAACCUAUUGACAACUUGUCGUCAUCUUUCGGGAGCAUGAAUUUAUCCCCAGGAGGUUUGUCUCCUUCUUCACCUACGUCGUCCAAUGGCUGGCCAAAUAGUACAUCCACGUCGCCUUCGUGUGCCCUCUUUAAUUCAACAUCGUCCAUUGGAGGCAGUGUAGGCGGUACUAAUAUCGGUACAGUGCCCUCUGCACCCGCUCCAACAUCAGCCAAAAGUCCACUGCCUGCUUAUGUACCCAAACAGGACAGGGUCCCAACACAGUUCACAGCCUCUACAUUUGCCCAAACAAAAUUUGGUUCAACAAAGCUAAAGACUCAAGCCAAACGACCAACUCGUCUCUCGCCGACAGAGUUUGGAAACUAUUUCCGUCAGAGAUCAGCAGCAGGGUUACAGACCGCUAGUUACAAUUCCCCGCAGCGGCCGCGAUCCCUGUCUCCUAGGGAUCCACGAGUUGAAUUCUAUAUAGACCAACAGCAGAGGGUAUUCAUGACGCAACAACAGCAACAACAUCAGCAAAUUCAGCAACUACAUCAUCAUCAACAACAGCAGCAGCAGCAGCAACAACAACAACAGCAGCAGCAACAACAACAGAUGCACCAGCAGCACUCUUCUCUGAGAUCUCCACAACAUCAUGCAGCUCCUUCAGCACUUUCCGGAGAGCUUUAUCACAAUUCUUCACCAGUCACACAUCAUGUCCCGUCAUUUGGAAGUCUUGGGGAACUGCUUCCGGGCCCACUUCCGUCUCCUGUCGGCUCUGCGGCGGCAUCGCCAGAGAGCCACAAGUCUUUCAUCGAAGGUUUGAACCUCAACACCGUGUCGUACUCUAGCCAGUAUCCCCACAUGUUACUAGCCAACUGAGUACUCAAUGCCAAGGCUAACUAGGUGAUAGAACUGAUCACCGGGCGCCAUGGACACUGUGUGAUAGAAUGUAUUCCAGGAAUGCCAAAAUAUUUGGGCUAAUGGAAGUGAAAGGCCAAGUUAAUGUUUUCUGCUUCUGAAGAGAGCAAGAAUUUUUAUUUUUAUGGAUAUAUCUUAUAUCAUUGAUGUAGUAAUUAUUAUAUUUAAACUGUGUUCACUAAACCACAUGAUUCCAUUGGUUGGAUCAAGACAACACGUGCAAUGGCCUGUGUUCAACAAAGAUUUAUAGAAGACUAGUCUGUGUAAAAGCUCGUUUCUAAUUCCAAAUUAGAAAAUAUUGACGACAGGAACCAUAUUCCGAGAGAGAAAAUUAACCUAUUAGUCCCUUUGGAUCAACGCUGUUCUACAAAGAGGAUGAUUUAUUUGCGUCACAAUGUUUUUGAAAGUAGAAUUGAAAUCCUUAACAUCAUCUGUGCGUUUCAACAAGGCUGUGUGUUAUUACAUCACCAUUUCUUAAACGCACAUAGUGAUGACGUUACGUGAUUUAAACACAUUGCGAAUGAUCAGGUCAGGACUAACUUGUGUUCCACAGACCAAAGUGUCGCCAUGUGAACAAUUAGGAGGUGAGAAUAAGAAACGUUGAUAUAUUGAUUAAAGUGUUUGUAUUAUGCUGUUGACAAUGACCAUUGUUAGAUAUAAACUUUCUAUCUGAUUUAACUAUUUUUGUAACUUUGCUACACGGCCGGAGUUACUCGCUCGUUUUACAGACACGUGACAUACGUCCAUAAUUAGAUUGGGGAGUUUCUAUCCUACACGUUUGUUAUAUUAUGUCAAAAUUGAUCAUCUAUAGGUAUUCACACAAAUCUGUAAACUGCUCGCCAGAUGGCGCCAUCUUCUAUAUGAUCGUAUGGGUGUAAGGCUCCAUCUGGUGUCAAUUUAUUCGUAGAGCUGGUAAAAUUACACAAUUAGGAUACAUUGUCUAAAAUAUUAACGAGUGUAUGUAAUAGUAAGAUUGAUACCAAGCCAUUCGGUAACAGACAAGCGCAAUUGUCUAGACUCCAAAGCAUAUUUUCCAAAAGGGAAGUCUUUUUAUCACCUGUCAUAGCUAAGUGUCUUGAUUUUCUUGAAUUUGUUAUAAUUUCUGGAGGAUAGUUGAAAAUAUUGAAUUUAAAACCAAUAUGUGGUCAAAAAGCUUUCCCUGUAGUGUAUAGAGGGCGCAAGCGAUUGACUUUAGACGGCGGUUUGCGAGCUAUUUUUGUAGUGUCCUUAUAGGCGCGAGCUCUCGACUCUAUUUGAGCUCUGUCCAGAGAGUGGCAGCUAUUAGCUCUUAAGAGCAGUCGAUGAGCUAUACCCUGUAAUAUAUUGAAAGCGCAAUCUACUGACUUUAGGGAUGGUCGGCGAUAUAUCCUUGUAGUGUAUAAAGGGACCGAGCUAUCAAUGUAUAAGCGGUGCGAUUCACCAGCCUUGGAGGAUGUUCAGCGAGCUGUCUCUGUCUCGACGGCGGGCGGCGAAAUGUCCCUACAUUGUCUAGAUACCACUGUCUAUUGUUGUCGGCUAACAGUCCCUAUGCUGUCUAGCGCAAUCGGCGAGCUAUCCCUAUAUGAUCUAGACUACGGAAGGCGUGGUAUCCCUUUAAUGUCUAGUAGGCGCGACCCUUUUCGGCCAUGGACGAUGACUUACCGACCUGUCCCUUUACUGUCUAGAUCGCGGACGGCGGUCUAUCACUAAAGUGUCUAGACGGCGCGACCUAUCGGUCAUGGAGGAUGGUUCGGCAAGCUGUCCCUAUACUGUCUAGACCACGGCAGCGGCGAGCUGUCCCUGUAGUAUCUUGACCGCGGACGGCAAGCUGCCCCUGUAGUGUCUUAGUAAGGGUUACCAUUGCGUCCGUUCUCGUUUUUUAAAUCCAGCACAGGAUUGGAAUUGUCACGCAUUAGUAUGUACAUAACAUUAUCUAGUCAAUUUGUCGCAAUAUUUUAAUAUUCCCAUAAAUAUGUGGAUGUUGGUCUGCAGUUGUAUAGGAAGAUAUAUAUAUUCUUACUGUUUCUACAAUCACGUGUAUAUAUUUAUAUAACUGGGUAUGCAGGUGGUUUUCUGAUUCCUACAUCAAUUAUAUCGUUUACAUCUAUUAUAUAUAUAUAUAGUACAUAUAUAAAAUAUAUCUUUUCUACGUUGUAUGAUGUGAGCAUAAGAUCGUACAUGUUUUUGUAAAGUAUAUUUUUAACUAUAAACAUGUAUAGUUAUUAUUUUUAGUUUUAGUUCAUCUGAAGACGCGUUUAUUUAAUAAAUAUCAUCUUGUGUCAUUUUAUCAUGAUAGGUACAUGUGCAAUACUUAAGGGAAGAAGAAUUGUUUAGACAUUCGUACAGAUCUUCCCACACAUUAUGGGUGAAUAGUUUUUUUAUCAGGGCUAGGUAUUCGCUUAUUAAGGAGACGGUUACCGCAUAUAAUAUGAACGUUGAAACUACUUUCAACAUGGCUUUUUGUAAAAAGCAAUAUUAGAUAGUUUUUUAAUCAUGAAUUUGAAACUUUCACUAGAAAAUCAUUGACUUUUCCAUUCAUUUUGUGAUCAUAUUUGAUAGUUUUCGGAAUCAUUCCUCUUGCAUUAUGUAUUUGUGUAGAAUUGUAGAGUAUGUAUUCUGAUGGAAGACCGUUAAUGUCAAUGCUGAUUUAUGCUGUAUAAUUAGGUUGAAUAUUUUACCAGACAACUUCACUAUUUUGAUAUUUUUGCUAUCAACUGUAAAAUAAGACAAAUAUACAAAAUCUAUUUGCAGAAAUUUCUGUGUCUUACAGUUAGAAGACAUAAGGACAUGGAUCCUUCAAACUGCUACCAUGGUUACACUCAGUGUCUCCAUUUUACUUCUAAUUCAGCUGUGACAAAUCCUUUUGGUAUUGAUAUGUCUUAUUUUAGCGCCUGAAGUAAGUUUUAUGAGAAACGGUCCUAGUCUUAAUUUUAUUGUAAUGCACGUGAAAUAAUAAUGCUAACCUUCAUAGUAUAGUCAUCAAUUGUUAUAUCAAAUCUAUUUUGUUAUGAUAGUAAGGUGUAAAUGCCAGCAUUUUUUUCAUGCAGAAAUUCGGCGAAAUUUAUUUCACGAAUUAUCUUAAGGUUUCACUGAAGGCGAUGGCGAAGCAAUACUUGUUAUCAGACUAUUGAUGUAUGUACACAUUACAUAGUGUUAACCUGUUGAUACCGCUCUCACUGGGUCAGUAGCAGUUUUAAACGUAGAAUUUAAAACUCCCAUGACUAGUAGAUACCUGUAUUCUAUGCUGCAGUUUUUUUAACGAUUGGUUGAUUAUCACAGCCAAUGAAAAUCGUCGUUUUGAACACAUCGUGGUAGGAUUGUGGUUAUUUUUCGGAUGUUAUUGUUCUUGUAUGAGAAAUGAGAAUGUCAGUCACGUGUUAAAACUGUUUCAUAACUCUAUAUGUGUCAGGUAUAUACAGGUAGUACGUGCCAGGUAAAUGAGAACAUAUUGUCACCUGGUUUUAAAACACGUGUUUCAGUAGUCCUACACGCUCGACGACACACCAUGUCGACGUUAGCUAUGACGCUGUUGAUCAAUCAUUUAUGUACAUUUCCCCUCUAUCAUUAAGAAAAAAAAACUUAGUCCCGUCUGCAUGCUAAUUUUGUUCAGAAAUAUUUGUAUCUACCAUCCUGUCCAAGUCAUCGACGGAUAUUUGGGUUACCUGAACAUUACCCACUCCUGUUCUCGACUGACCGCUGAACUGUUCUCAGACUAAGUCAACUCAGAGUCCUGGACUGACCGCCGAGCUGUACGGACCUUGUCGACUUUCAGUCCUCGACUGACCGCCGAGCUGUACGGACAUUGUCGCCUUUUAGUCCUCGACUGACCGCCGAACUAUACGGAAAUUGACGACUCCUAGUCUUAGACUGACCGCCGAACUAUACGGACCUUGUCGAUCCUUAGUCCUCGACUGACCGCCGAGCUGUACGGACCUUGUCGACCCUUAGUCCUCGACUGACCGCCGAGCUAUACGGACCUUGUCGACCCUUAGUCCUCGACUGACUGCCGAGCUGUACGGACAUUGUCGACUCUUAGUCCUCGACUGACCGCCGAACUAUACGGACAUUGUCGACUCCUAGUCCUAGACUGACCGCCGAACUAUACGGAAAUUGACGACUCCUAGUCUUAGACUGACCGCCGAACUAUACGGACCUUGUCGAUCCUUAGUCCUCGACUGACCGCCGAGCUGUACGGACCUUGUCGACCUUUAGUCCUCGACUGACCGCCGAGCUAUACGGACCUUGUCGACCCUUAGUCCUCGACUGACUGCCGAGCUGUACGGACAUUGUCGACUCUUAGUCCUCGACUGACCGCCGAACUAUACGGACAUUGUCGACUCCUAGUCCUAGACUGACCGCCGAACUAUACGGACAAUGUCGACUCUUAGUCUUCGACUGACCGCCGAGCUGUACGGACAUUGUCGACUCUUAGUCCUCGACUGACCGCCGAGCUGUACGGACAUUGUCGACUUUUAGUCCACGGCUGACCGCCGAUCUAU